CGUGGUGAGGGAGGCACAGACAGCGCUGGGAGGCCUUGACAUGCUGAUCCUGAACCACGUUGGUGCGUCCUACUUUGGCUUUUUCGAUGGGGACGUUGAGCACGUCCGGAAGCUGCUGGAAAUCAAUUUCCUCAGCUACGUGGCCAUGGCCACGUCAGCCCUGCCCAUGCUGAAGGAGAGCGAGGGCAGCAUCGUGGUGGUUUCAUCCAUGGCAGGUAAAGUCGGGUUCCCCUUUACCGCCCCCUACUCUGCGACUAAGUUUGCCCUGGAUGGAUUUUUCAGCUCCCUGAGGCAGGAGUUCACCAUUCAGAACAUAAAUGUCUCCAUCACGCUCUGCAUCCUCGGCUUCAUCGAUACAGGUGAGAGCAGAGCUGUGCCAGCCCUGCCCAGGGCUGGGCAUCCCCACCCCGGCUCCUUCUCCUGCCCCCUCAGCCUGUCACCCCUGCUGCAGGGGGAUCCCACCUGUCUGCCCCCAAAAACAGCCUCAAAAGCCAUUUGCUUCCCUGUGCCACGUAAAUCUGGGCACUGCUUACAGGCUGGCACAGGCUGCCUUUGGAAGCCGCAGCUCCUCGGCUGA